AUGUCGAGAAUAGGGAUGCGAAUGAACAAGCUGAAAUCUCUUGUCAACGUUAGGAACGGGCCCGGCGCAGCAAAACUCCCCACAAACGUGACCAAGAUACACCUAGAGUUCGCCCACAAGUGGAACGACGGACAUAUGGGCAGCCGCAAGUUCUGGAGGGAAAACCUGCCGCGGUUAAAGUACCACAACCCAGAUGUGCCGAUGAUCGUGAACCGGACGCACGAGCAGACGGGCCCCGCGACGCUGAGCAUCUACAUGAGCGGCGACGCGCCACAGCAGCCGGCGCAGAUAGAAGGCCCCACGGCGCCGCCGCCGAAGCGCGCCGUCGCCACGACCGACGCAUGGCGAACCAUCGCGAGCUCGAGCACGGGGACAGCGAGUGCGCCGCCGCCGGCCGAGGGGGAGACGGUGGUCACGAUCAACAUGAAGAACGUGCGGUCGGCCGAGAUAUUGAAGCAGUUCCUGGAGAAGACGGGCGCGACGGAGGUGGAGCCGUCGCCCGAGGACCAGGAGGAGAUGGCGAGGCUGCUGGAGCUGCAGGAGCGCGCCGUGUACGACAAGGAGGUGCAGAAGAGGUACCGCGAGAAGAUCCAGUCCGAGAAGAGGUUACUGGAGAGGGCGAGGCAGGAGGCGGAUGCGCUCAAGGCGGACAAGUGA